UGUGCAAGCGGGUCAAGUACUUUCGUUUCAGUGAUGCGUAGUUCUCAUGUUUUAUAUUUCUUUUUGUGGAUUAUUUUUUAUCCUCUCCUUCUCAAUAUCAAAAUUGAACUUGGAACCGCUACACCAUCAGAAGUGUAUUACUACGGUAUCGAUAUGAAGAGAAAAUAUCUGAGUAUGAAAUUCAAUGAUUACGUUCGAGUGGACGGAGAUCCCACUGGUGUGGAUAUCACCGUAACUUGGUUGAAGGAUAUCACCAGAUCGGCAGACAUGGAGGUCUUUUACAUAGUUCAAACGGUAGAGGGCGAGGAGAUUGCAUCGAAAUUCUUCGAUUUACCAAGCCUGUGCACAGAACGUUACUCAUACAACAGCUGGGAUCGCAAUAUCAUGGAAAUUUAUAUUCGAGAAAUGACGAACCUGGGAUGCCCCAUCAAAUCGGAAACUACGAUCAACCCGCCUGCCACAUUUACUAUCUUCCUGACAUUUAAUCAUAAAAUUCCAUGCACAACCCUGCAAUUUAUUAUGGACCUCUACCCCGUCGACGAACCCGACUCUACGGCAUUUCUCCUCUUGGAGGGUAAUGUACACUCGUACCAUGGUUGUUGAGGAAAAAACCCCUCUCACCCGCUUUCCCUCUCUCUAAAAAAAAUACCAUCCAGAUACUCGUGACAAUUAUAUUCCCAUGUUAAGGUUAUA